UUUCCAGACGGCCACAGUUGAGCACAAAAACAAACUUGAACCAGACGAGCCGUGAGUCGACACUUGCGCUAAUGCCCUCGUCUGGAGUGGACGAGCUGAAGACUUUCAUUUGAAGGCAAUUUUUAAAAAAUCUUUUUCUUUUUUUUCAUUGUUGAAAAAAGGGGAAGGGCUCUGCCAAGAAAAAAACAACAUCCAUUUGGAUAUUAAGUUAUGCGUCAGUGAGUGCGCACUUUACGCGCAGGGCGCACCAUGAAACUUUAAGAUGUUGGAUCAGGUCGCUUUUAUUGUUGUUCACGUGUUAGGCUUCAUUUCCUUUGUUGGUGUCAGCUCUUCAGAACUCACUGUAAACAUGUGUCGUGGCUAAAAAAACUUUAAAACGCACGCACACACACACGCACACACACGCACACACACGCACAAACUCCUGAGGAGGUGAGAGAGGCGGCAGCAUGGGAGCCAAACAGAGCAACCCAGGAUUUGAUGGCAGAACUCGAGCUUAUUCCAGCUCCGAUCUCCCAUCUGGAAACUCCAGCGGAGGGGAGGGGAGGAUUGCCGGGUUUAGGUACACAAAUGGACCAGAUGGCCCCCGGAUCCGUUACACUGGUGGAGGGCCAACCAGCUCCGGGCUCAGUAUCCCCGCCGGCGGCAGGUCGGGGUCGCACAAUCAGAGCCUCGAUGGCACAGAUGGUGACGAGGAGGGCGAGCUGCCUCCUGAGGGCCACAGACUGCUUAUAGGGUCCCUACCGGCUCACCUGUCCCCUCACCUGCUGGGAGGCUUCCACUGUCCUUUGUGCUCCAAGUUCAUGGCAGCAGCUGAAAUAGAGAAGCACCUGCUCAUGUGUUUCAGCAAGACGCGCCUCACCUACAACAAGGACAUCCUGUCCAGAGACUCUGGGGAAUGUGCCAUCUGUUUAGAAGAGCUGGAGCAGGGAGACACCAUUGCCAGGCUGCCCUGUCUCUGUAUCUACCAUAAAGGGUGUAUAGACGAGUGGUUUGAGGUGAAUCGCUCCUGUCCAGAGCAUCCUUCUGACUAGGAGCUGCAGGAGUCCACUUUCAGCCUCACCUCAUCCCAACAGUCUGUUUCAGCCGAGCAUCAUCAGUGCUCCUCAGGGAUCGUAAGACAUUAAUGUGCACAGGAUUUUUCAUGUUGCUUUAUCGAAAAAGCGAUGAACUUUGGAUAUGUUUCUCUAGACGCUGUGGGAUGUUCAAAGAACCACUGGUGGAGUCAUUUUGUCUCCAGAAAAUAUGUGAAUGUUCCUUAUGCCACCUGCUGGCCUGAAGUGGGCUCAUGCAACCUGGGAUCUGGACUGUUUUGCUGAACAGGGUGUGGUUUCAUAGCAGAGGACUUGUAUAACCAACAUGGUUAGAAGAAGAGUUACGUCUCUUUUCAGCAGAGAUUUAGAUGGAGACUGUUCAGACUUGAUCAGAAGGCUGAAGGCUGAUGUUGUGCAAUGUGAAAAAAAACAGCCUUUCAGAAUUCAAAAGGCCUUUUUCAGCUUUAAGGGAUGAUUACAGUGUUGAUGAUGGUAGUUAAGAAAUAGAUCUUAAUUUUUAUUGUCAAAUCAUUUCUUGUCAAACAAUCAUGUGUCCUAGACCAAAUAGUCUAACGUGAAAUAGUCGGACUUUGUCAAUCACUUGUCCAUUCAGAACCACAGUAAUGUGAUUGUGUAGUUUCGUGGUGGAAUUAAAGAUAGGCUAAAACAUAUCUAAUAAUGAUUCAUACUCUAAGGAGUGCCAUAAUAUGCUGCUAUGUCUUAGACUGGAAUGUUUUCCUAUAACCUUUGAACCUUUGUUUGUCGUACUUUCUAUUUGUACUGUAAUGAAUUGCACAACAAUAAAUGUUUUGUCUUCGUGUCUCUGUACUGCAUACAAACUAUUAAAUGUUUAAAUGUAAAA